AUGUCUCUUGCACCUCCCAACGAUGGCGCGACUCUGGACGACCUCGAGCUGACAGUACGUUUCUCGGCAUCACUGCCCGACCUACCGCUUUCUAUCCCGCUAAGCACUCAGCCGAACGCCAACACAUCAACACUCAAGCAACUCAUCCGCACGCAUCUACCAAGCGACUACAAGUCCCGCCGAAUACGACUGAUCUACAGCGGCAAAGCACUCGCCGACGAUGACGUGCUCGCGACAACACUGCGGCGGCCUGUCUCCCGUCCGCCUACACGGACAAGCACGCCACGGCCAGGAACACCUCUCGGCCCAUCGACACCCAUCGGCACCAACAGCAAAGGCAUCCCCUCCGCCAAAGCAAAAGGCAAGAAGCCCAUCCGCGACCCCAUCACCUCACCAACGCCCCGAAUAUACAUACACUGCUCGAUCGGCGACAUCGUCCUCACCGCCGCUGAACUUGCCGAGGAAGCCUCUCGUGCCGCAGCAGCAGCAGCAGCAGCAUCCGACUCAUCGCCAACCAUCCCAACAUUCCAGCAACACCAGCAAUCACUGAAUCCCUCGGCCCGGGAUCGACCACCAUCCCCACACGGCUUCGACCGCCUGCUCACCUCAGGCUUCACUCCUACGGAAGUUUCCUCUCUAAGGAUGCAAUUUUUGGCGAUUCAAGCACAUACACAUACACAGGACACCAUGCCCUCGCCCACCACCAUGCGCGCGCUGGAGGACCAGUGGCUGGAUAAUUCCAACGCCGGUGGCUCCGCAUCGGCAGCCGUCCUCGAUCCGUCCUCCGGCGAUGGCAGCACCGCACUCGCCUCAUCAGAAGAAAGCGAGAGCGGAGCGCUAGACGACAUGAUCUACGGCACGGCGAUGGGGUUUUUCUGGCCGUUGGGAUGUAUGAUGUGGCUAGGGAGGGAAAGUGGGGUAUGGUCUGCGAGGAGGAGGAUGGCGGUUGUCGUUGGGUUUUUGCUUAAUGUUGGGCUGGGGUUUGUGAGGGUUGCGGGGUAG